UGCAACAGGUGAGGACUGAGGCGCUUCUCCAGACGACUUUAUACUUCUCCACAAGUCCUAAAGCGCUUUAAUCAUGGCUACAAACGUCCAAAAGAACAUAUAUGAACAAAGAGACGAGAACGCAAACAGCACCACAGAUCCCAAAUAUGAGAAUCACAUUGAACACAUGAACACAAAGGGAGCCACUCGAGAGGAGGAAGCGCACUAUUCACUCUCAAGUGAACAAGGAGAGAAAACUGACAGCCAGAUGGAGGUGGAGGCUGUGUCUCAUCAGAAUGGAGAUGGAAACGGGUCCAGACGGUCUUCGUGCGCUUCAGAGGACAUUGGAGACCCUUGCAAUGACCCGCACUUGUUGCUGCACGACGAUCUGCUCAUGGCAUACAGUCUCCCUGAAGAUUCAUCUCCAGAACCUGAGGAGGUAGUUGACUACAGCCUGAAAAACGUGGAGAACAGUUCUGUGGAGGAGACCACGACAGUUAUCGACUCAGAUCAGCCUGACAUUGCGCUUUUUGUCAAGGCUGGUAUUGAUGGCGAGAGCAUUGGAAACUGCCCGUUCUCCCAGCGUCUUUUCAUGGUCCUCUGGCUCAAAGGUGUGGUCUUCAACGUCACCACCGUCGACCUGAAGAGGAAACCAGCUGAUUUACACAAUCUGGCUCCAGGCACUCACCCUCCUUUCCUUACCUUCAACGGCGAGGUCAAGACCGACAUUAACAAGAUCGAGGAGUUCCUGGAGGAGGUUUUGGCACCACCGAAGUACCCCAAACUUGCAGCGAGACACAGGGAGUCCAACACAGCUGGGAAUGACAUAUUUGCAAAGUUCUCAGCUUUCAUUAAAAAUACCAAGCCAGAUGCCAAUGAAGCACUGGAGAAGGGUUUGACGAAGGCCCUCAAGAAGCUGGACGACUACCUGAACAGUCCCUUACCUGAUGAGAUAGAUGCCGACAGCACAGAGGAUGAGAAGGCCUCUGAACGCAAGUUUCUGGAUGGGAAUGAACUCACUCUGGCAGACUGUAACCUGCUGCCAAAACUCCACAUAGUGAAGGUUGUUGCCAAGAAAUAUCGGAACUAUGACAUUCCCACCGAUUUGACCGGAGUGUGGCGCUACCUGAAUAGUGCGUACGCACAGGAAGAGUUCACAAACACCUGUGCUGCUGACAACGAGAUCGAAUUGGCAUAUCAGGAUGUGGCUAAGAGGCUAGUCAAGUAAACAGAUGAGCAAAUUUGACCGAACCAGACUAUUUGUUCCCUGUAAUUCAAAGCUAUAUUAAUCCCAUACUACAGUUCACAGUAAAGUGUUUUAUUUUUCCAGGGCCAUUAUAAUCAUUCCGCCGAAAAGUACCCACAAUGGUACGCCGAGUCUUAAAACGUGGGUAAUUGAUCUGUAAAGUCUUGCAUGUCUGUGAGUACGUGACUGAAAUGUGAAUGCAAAAUAUCAGCCCAUCUUCACCAGCUCUCACUCUUUCACUCAUCUGAUGCUCAUGUUAACAUUUUCCAAAGUGACUUGACCAAAGUGUUGUGUCUUGAUUUAAAAAGACAAACUUACAGUAACAUGAAUGUUUCCUAUUGUUCUAUCUCUCUCUCUCUCUCUCUCUCUCUCUCUCUCUCUCUCUCUCUCUCUCUGCAUAACCUAGUUCUGCCUGUUUUAUUUUCCUAGCAUUACAAAAUCAUCAUAAAUUGCAUGAAUACUUGACUGCUGAAAACACUCGUUUAAGCAUUUCAAAUCUUUAAAAUGUUAAGAAUUGUUUACUUCCAAUGCUUUCAGUCAUAUCUUUAUUGCUAUUUGUGUUUAAUGGAAAAAAGGAUUAAAUGUGAGCAGCAGGAUGUUUAAAGUGUCCUAUGUGAAGCCUUUUAACAAAUCACAUACAGCAGGCCUAUACUUUCCAGGAUUUUGUAUAUGUUUCAAGGUACAGUAUUUUCUAAAGAAGUACUAAAAUAAUUAAUUAUAAGUACAUAACUACAUGAUCAAGAGUUAUCAAACUAAUUGAAUAUGUGCCUCCAUUACAAGAAAUGCAGUGUGUCAAAUACAGCUGAUUAAUAAUGAUCAUUUAAAUUUCUAUAUAAAUCCUAUAAAAAUAGAAUUUCUAUAGAAAUGUAUGAUUUAUGCAUUUUAAUUGUAUGACAAAUUUCUAUCAAACUGAAUUGAGUAUUUUUUUAAUAAUUUACAUUAUAAUAAAUUAAGCAUAAUUCUGAAGAAUUAAACUUUAUUUAGUCUUAAUUUACAUUAAGCUUUAUUCAUAAUACUGAAUUUGCAUUUGGUUAAAGAUUAGUCAAUUCAGUUUUUAUGGAAAUUUGAAAUUUGAAAUUGUUUUUUUUUUUGCCUGCUCUUUUAUAAUUUGUACAAAACCAGUAAUUUCUGCAAAUGUUGUAUAGAAAAUUCACACUUGAAUUGCCUCAUGUAAUUUCCUUUUAAAUCUCACGCUAAGAGUUUAAGUUCAAAGUCUUUAUUAUAAGACUAUAAACAAGUUCUUCAGACUGUCCUCUGUCAUUACUCACAAUUCAAAGAAUUUUCAGUUUAUUUUUGGCUUAUUUGAAAGUGUUUAACAUCAAUCAAAGGUGGAUAUGUCAUAAAUAUUUAUUUACAGCCCUGUUUAUGGGUAAUUAAUGAGCUGAGGGGAGAAAGGAGAUUCACAACACUCAGUGGCCCAUCGAAAUAGAGAAUAAGGAAAUCUGAUUGGGCGCCAUUCCAGGUCUCCUCCUCUCCACUUAGUGCUGCUGGAAUAUCACAAGCCGGUGAUGGGUCCUUGUGGAGCUCCUGCUCUUGUGUGGUUUGGACAAGCGUUUGAUAUGAAAUGAGAGUGUGGCGCCAGAGAGGCCUAUUCCUUGUGAAGCUCUAGGAAUAAAAUAAUAUUUUCACAG